AAACACUGGACACCACUGGGGGGAAGAAAAAUUCACCCACUUAGACUGCUUUCAGGAGAAAUGACAUCCAGUAGGCCAGUGCCGUUAUCUUUAAAUAUCUCCAGUGCAGGGGCGGACUGAUCAUAUGGAAACUCAGGCACUGCCCGAGGGCCCGGGGUCAGUAGGGGGCCCCAUGAGAUUCUCCUGGUAUUUUUUUCAUAAGCUUUUUUGAGUUUGGGCAAGGACACAGAGGCCCCAUGAUCUCCUAUUGCCCGGGGGCCCCAU